AUGCCGGCGGACAUAGAGGUAGUCGGAUUUGUUGAUCGAUUGGUCUUCAUCUUGAUUAAUCUCGCUCAGCGAGAUUCGAAGGACGAGUCUUCACUUAUGGAAAAGCAUUGGUGGCGAACAUUUUUGGAGGGAUAUCAAUUUGCAGGCCAUUUGUUGGUCAAUGCGAAGUAUUGGCUGCCUGUAGCCUCAGACGAGCAUUCUUUGCCCUCGCACCUUCUGGCCACAGCCCGUUUGGCACUCGCUGCUCGUGAUGACUCAGGGGCUCUUGAUUUGGAGAGAAUCUCAUCCUUUGAACCCUUUCAUCCACACCAGCAGCUAAAAGCGGUACCGGUGGUUGGAAGGAAACAGUGUUUCGAUGUCUACCGAGAUCCUAUCCCUAAGACGGAAGCAAAGAAGGCGCAUGCCGUAAUGGUUGCUAUUCGAGCGAGGGUCGUGGAAGUGCUCCAGGAAUGGCCUGAACAUCCAGCUCUCUUAAAAAUCAUUACAGUGCUUAAUCGGAUAUGUACUUUUGGUAUGAGAGAUUGUCUCACCAAGUACAUCACUGCCUUUGAGAUGCUACUCGCCGAGAUGCAGGAGUGGGAGAAAAAUGCUGCUCGACACGUCUCGUUGUCCACCGUCUUCAAGUCGGUGUGUGAUCUCCUCGUAGACUGGCGCAAACUGGAGCUAAGAUGCUGGAUGGCGGCGUUGGACGCUGCCACAGAAGCCUCAGCAGAUCGUUGCGCCCCCCUCUGGUUCCACCUUCAGGACGUCUUCCUGCAGCCUACUAGCGCUUCUUCCGCCGCCAUUGCCAAUAACCUCGUGAAAAAGCAGUGCCAAGUUCUGCUAGAGUUCAUGGAAAAUGGUCCGAUAGGCGAAUUCCAUGCUCGUUGGCGUCUCCUGGCCGCUCUUCACAGCGCUCUCGCCGUCUGGCCUGGCCUUUCAGACACUCAUCGAAUGGCAGCUCGAAAGAUAGUGGGAAAUGUAGUUUGGUUCUACGGUCAAUUUAUCCCCCACGUGGAUAAGUCUCUACUCGAUCAGCAAAAGCCCAUUCGUGAGAAGAUGAAAAACUUCAUAUCUGUUAUGAAGUGGGGUGAUUAUAUCAGCUUCUGGACCAUGAAGGAAAAUGUUGAUCGAUGCAAGCGUACUAUUCACAAGCAUAUCCGUACGUGGGAGGGAGUUUUGCGUCAGUCGGUGAAACCCUGUUUUGAAGCUUCGAUAAGGACGUCAAUCGAAGUUCCCAUUCCUGACACUGCGCUCUCUCUUCUAGAAAAUGUACAGACGGUUGAGGACCAAGAUUAUGGCAUUUUCCAGCUUUCAACUGAGUUACAGAGGUGGCUGUCAAUGAUAGGGAAUGAGAGGGAAUUACCUAUUAAUAUUAUACGACUACCUGUUUUGAUAAAACGUUUCAAAGACCAUGUUUCCCAAAUUGCAAAGAAAGCCUCCUGUCUCUCAUGGAUGCGUCAAUUGCGAGACUCUCUCGAAGACUGGAUGCUCCGUGUGAAGGAGUUGUCGCGCUCCACACAACAACUUGACUUCGAAUCGCCAUCCCAAGCGGCUCUAAUUGCGGUCUUGAAAGAGAAGGAAGGAGGUGGUCAAUCUGGCAAAGGCAAAUCCACACAAGUGGACGAAGAGGAAAUGCAAAAGGCAAAGAACUGGAUCAGUCGAUACUAUGCCCUUCAACAGAGCAAAAAACUUGCUCUCAAUGACUGGUUUCGUUUAUCGUUUGGUCAUAGGCGUUUGGCUGCCGCCUCCCUUUCGAAAAAACUCGAGAUUGGGCACACGUCGAGUGACGAUUCAUCUGAUGAAAAAUUUAACGAACUGGCCACCACGGAGGUUGAAGGCACUGAUCACCAAGGCGACAUCUGCCUAGGCCUAUCCUAUCGUCGGGGUCUCAGAAAAAGCCUUUUUGCGAAACCGCGGGGUCUUUUGCUAUCGGAAUUGGGCGGUGAUCUUUGGGCUUUCUAUAUGAACUCUCCACCUAUCUCCAUAUAUCAACUGGAUCAACUUAUUUCUUCGAAGAGUAUCCAUAACCUUCAAAAGUCGGCGUUGGAGAUCCUCGCUCGGCUAAUUUCUCUUCGAUCUGGUUUACCGCAACAUCCAGAGAAUCCCGAAGUUGUCAACGAUCUCGGAGGUCGUGAAGGUGUGGAGCGUCUUCUUGGGUCACUUGACGAUAUCCUAGCCAACUGUGCUGGCGAUUUCGAACCACUCGGUAAUCUCUAUUCAAUCUUCCAAAAGCUUAAAAGUCGUGUCGAAGAGAUUCACACCUCCUAUUGUGAGGGCUCAACGAUAGAUACAAUCCCACUUUGCUCCAGUCAAGUGAUGCGAAAGUUAAAGGCUUCGCGUCAGAGAAUAGCUACUCUCGCAUCUGUAUGUGUUCAGCAAUGGAUUAGGUUCUCCGAAACAUGUUCUAGCCUCUCAACCCAACCUUCAGAGAGUCUUAAGCACCUUCUUCAUGCUAAUUCCGAGUACCUCCCUGUGGAAUCGCGGUCUUGUGAUCUGCCAAGAGCUUUAAUUGAUUUCCGCCCCCGAUUGGAAGAAAUUGCAUGUCGCUUGGAUCAACGCAUCCCGCAAGCAUGCAUCGCAAUCACCGGAGAUGUCAUCAACCAACAGAAACUACUCCAGACAGCCUCAGACGACUUCCUGCAAUGUUGUCAGGAGAUUGACUCACAAACUUGCCCGAAUACGACCCUCCUCUCAGGUCUUCUUUCCGUAGCUGAGUCCAUUUCCACCGAAGUCAAGAUCUCCGGUAAUCUUAUCACCUCAUCUGCGUCGACUUCCGCCAUCUCCACCUCAUUUGAAAACCGCAUAAAUUCUCUUAUCACCAAGGUUCUGAUUAGUCUUCAAGAUCUCAAACACAUUGAUAAGGGUGUUGAGGCGGGGAGAGGCAUCAUUAAUCAAAUGACAGCCUGUAUCUCCACUCUGCAAACUAUCUGUUUUGCUAGACUAGAAACUCUUGUCACCAGUCUCGAGCAUCUCUUCCCCUCGUCUUCUGAUGAUAUCCUUCAUCUUCAAUGUCUUAUCCCUCUUCUUGCCUCCCUCCUCAACGCCAUGUCUCUUCGUCUCCGACAUCUCUUCGCUCUUCUGAUUUCAUGGCUCAGCCUCGGCGAGUUUCUCGCUCGGGUGGCCUUCCGUCUUCUUAACGAUGGUUUCUGCAAACCUGCAGCUCUUUCCAAAGCCACAGCAGCAAAUGAGCAGCUCACGAAAGAGGGAUCAGCAGCUGGCGACUCAGCUUUUGGUGCCGAAAACGGCAAAAAUGACGGUUGUACGAGUCUCAACGCGGAGGGUGUGGAUGCCAGUGGUGCCAAAGACGUCACCAAGGAUUUGGAGUCUCAAGAGCAAAUCGAGGGCACUAUGGAUCAACAAAGCCAAGCAUCGAAGGAUGAGAAGUUGCCCCAACCUGAUUGGGGAGAGGAGGGAAUUGAAGUGCCUGAUGACUUCGACGGAGCACUGGACGAUGGUAGUGGAUGGGAGAAGAGUCCUGAGGCUAAGGACGAUGAUGAAAGCGGUCUUCAGGGCAUUGAUGAACAGAUGGGUGAGACCGGUGAUGAACCCGACGAAUUAAAUCAGGAGAUGUGGGCCUCUGAUGGCGAAGAGGAUGAUGAGAACGAGGAAGAAGAGCGUAAGAAUGCUGAUCUUGAUGGAGGAGGGGUUAAGGAUCGUGGAGGUCCUAAGUCAAAGGGAUCGAAAUCGACGGCAGUGGAUGUGAAUUCACAAAAUGGUGACGACAAGUCUUGUGAAGAUACAAUGGAUGUUGAGAAUGAGGCGGAGGAAAUUGACGAUGCUACCAACACAACGACCACCGCUGCUGUCGACGCUUCAGUAACUGCAAAAGCUGGUGAAACCGAAACAGUUGCUGGUGAUGAGAAAGAGAACGAAGGUAGUGCUUCAGAGGCAAUGAAGCAGGCAGAACAGGUACUGGCUCAACAGGAGGCGGAAUUGAUGGAAACCGAGAAGGAAAGUGGGGAAAUAGGGGAAGACAUGAUGGAGGAGUUUGGUGAGAACAUGGACCUUCAACCGAACCCAGAUGACUUUGAGGAUAUAGGGGAUUCCCAAACUCCUGAAGAAAUUGAUUUGAAAGCUCACUCCAUGGAGGUAGAUGAUGAACCCGAAGAUAGAGAGCCAAGUGAAAUAAAUUUGGACAAAAACAGGAAAGCAGAAGAUUCGAUGCCUCCGGAUGAGAGGUUUAUUUCAGAGUAUUAUCCUGGCGCUGGUGACCUGAACACUGGCAAUACCGGAGCCUACGAUCAAAAUUUUGGUGCGAAUGAGAACCAAGAGGAAGUGGUUACAGCAGAUAUUAGUAGCAUGGGCGAAGGCUCUCAGGGCAAUGAGGAAAAUCAAAAAUCAACAACCAGUGCCUCGGGGAAUACUGCUGGUCAGUCCUCUACGGGGCUGUCCUCAACACCUAACCAUGGAGCGCUUUCAGAAACCUUCAAUCGGCGUCAACAGGGUCCACGACCAACCUCUGAUCAACGAACCACCCUGAACGAAAAACCGCAGCAGCAGCCUCUUUGCCAGGCGGAGAUUCUGGAGGCCCAGACAGAGGCUUCUCCAACAAAGGACGCGGAAAGAGAGGCGGGAGAAGGCAGUGCGGUGCAACACGUUGCAGACGAGGCAGCAGCGAAGGCGACGCUACUCACAGCCUUCGACUCCGCCACCGAUGCCCAACAAGAAGAGAGAAAGGAUGUCGGCAUGGGCGAAAACAAUGAUCAGGCUGAGCCCGGUGCUGAUCCCGAGCAACAGCUACCAAUGCCAUCGGACGACGUCGAUCCUACUGUUUUGGAGUCCAACCCUCAUCUCGCUCCUGACAAAUCACUAAAAACCACGAAGGAAGAGAGUAACCAAGAGAGUUUAAAAGCCAGCGGCAUCGAUGUGCCAACUUUACCGAAACUCGACAUGGAGAUGGUCGCUACCCUUGGCGCCCAGCGACCCCCUGAGUCGUUCUUUAACACCAACCUUGCCAUACCACCACCUGCCCAACAGCUGCUGGAGGCACCCUGGGUGGCGCCACUGCCACCAUCUCUGCGGCGCCAUAGUGGUUGUCAUGACGACGACGUCGAAGAACGCGAGGCUCUGUCGGCCGCUGCGGCACUUGACUGGCGCACCUGUGUGGCGCGCUCCUACGCCCUCUCGGUGAGGCUUUGCGAGGCCCUCCGGCUGGUCCUUGAACCCACUCGCGCUUCCCGCAUGAAAGGUGAUUUUCGCACAGGAAAGAGACUCAAUAUGCGUAAGAUAAUUCCCUACCUGGCGAGUCAGUUCCGGAAGGACAAAAUUUGGAUGCGUCGAACACAGCCCAACCAACGAGAUUACCGGAUCCUCAUUGCGGUGGACAACUCCUCCUCUAUGGCAGACAACCUCUGCAAGCAGAUGACUUUCGAAGCGUUGGCUACGGUGAUAAAUGCAUUAAACCUCCUUGAAGCUGGGAAAAUUGGUGUCUGCAGCUUUGGUGAGUCGGUAGAGGUGGUGCACGGGCUGGGUGAGCCGUGGACCAACGAGAUGGGCGCUGCAAUGCUGCCCAAAUUCGACUUCAAGCAGGCACGCACUUCACUCACCCAGCUGCUGAUGGCGGCGGUGGCGCUGAUGCAGGUAGCAGGCGAAGGUAGCGGUGGAGGACAGGGUACUGCUGCGAGCCAGCUCCUCCUCAUCCUCUCUGACGGCGUCUUCUCUGAGGAUCCUCAGAGCUCCACUCUUCAGGCCGCAGUUCGACUCGCUCGCGAUCACCGACUUUUCGUCGUCUGCAUCAUCAUCGACGAUGUUAAGAAGAAGCACUCCAUAUUCGAUUUACGGCGCUAUACAGGGCCAGGCCAACUGACGCCCUACAUGGACUUUUUCCCGUUGCCCUUCUACCUCGUCUUGCGCGACGUCACUGCGCUGCCUCAGCUGCUUGCCGAGGCGUUGCGCCAGUGGUUUGAGCUUGCUUCUACCAAUGCCGGUGGGAAUGGCGCAGGCUCAGCACCAUUUAUUCCAUUGUAG